AGAAGAGAAGAAUCGCGAAGAAAAUCAAAUCAAAUCAAAUCAAAAUCAUGAGUGGGCAAGAGAAUCAUGAUGAUGGUCGGAUCUCUUCUUCAACUCCCGCCGCCGCGUCGGAGCCUUCCAAGGCGGCUUCUCACUCCUCUGACUACGCUCCUUACCCUAAGCUCGACCCUACCGACGUCACUCCUCCUCCUCCUCAGCCUAUUCCCACCGGUGCCGCCGCAACCACCAUGCCGUCGGAAUCCAAUCCUUACGUCUCUCCUUCCCCUGCCCCAAGGAAUACGAUGGACUCGGUGAAGGAUACGCUAGGGAAAUGGGGGAAAAUGGCUGCCGACGCCACUAAGAAGGCAGAGGAUCUCGCCGGAAACGUCUGGCAGCACUUGAAAACAGGCCCUAGUGUAGCCGAUGCUGCUGUCUCACGAAUUGCUCAGGGGACAAAAAUACUUGCGGAAGGUGGAUAUGAAAAGGUCUUCAAGCAAACAUUUGACUGCCUUCCUGAUGAGAAACUUCUCAAGACCUAUGCUUGCUACUUGUCUACAUCUGCUGGUCCUGUGAUGGGAGUUAUGUAUCUUUCGACUCACAAACUUGCCUUCUGUAGUGACAAUCCUCUUUCCUACAAAGAAGGUGAACAGACCCAGUGGAGCUAUUACAAGGUGGUACUUCCGGUGAACCAGCUGAAGGCAGUGAACCCAUCAACAAGCAGAGUGAACACAUCUGAGAAAUACAUACAAGUGAUUUCCAUCGACAACCACGAGUUCUGGUUUAUGGGGUUUGUGACUUAUGAAAGCGCUGUGAAGAGCCUUCAAGAAGCGGUGCAGUCACAUGGUCCAUAAAGGUCCACUGGUAUAAGUGCAGCUCUUAGUGGUAUUGUGCAUUAAUAUAUGGAACAGUGUGUUUUAGUAUUUGAUACCAUUUCAAUAUGUGUUGUAGAUUUCGUCCUCUUGGCAUUUGCUCAUAAACAUUGCUUUUGUUC